AAUUUGCAUUUUUGCACAGUAAUGAAUCACUUUCAAGGCCUGCAUACUGCAUGCAAAAUCACCUUAGGGAUGCCCAAGAAAAGCUUUUAACAGUAACAUCAGAACAUGGAGGUGCAAAACCUCUGUGGUUACAACAGGUUAUUAUUACAUGUACAUGUUAGUUACCUUUUCAUAUGGUUAAAGUUUUUGUACACAAUCCAUACAUGUGGGCCUGUGCACGAUUUACUGCACAGUGUUGGGCAGUGAAGUGUACAUUUCAAGAAUUGCUGACUCACAUGACUUUGCAUUUUUUGUGCUAAAAUUAACUCAUUUUUUCCUUGAGGCAAGGUAUUGUGGCUUGCCUUCCUUUAACAGAGUUUUAUGAAUAAAUUGCUGCAAUUACAUGUAUCUGUAGAGUGAAGCCUUUGGAUUUUUACUAUUGGUUGAUCACACUUUGAGUUUCAGGUUAUUGUUAGUGUGAUUGUAUCCUAUGGUGACAACAUUCCUUCACAUCUUCACACUCCUGAUUGUCAGUCAGUCAGUCAUUUUAUCAUCGGCUGACCACCACUCAGAAGUACAUAUCGUCACAUUGGAGAAUCCACACAGAGUGGACAUAGGGACUGCCAAUUUCACUAUGUCUAGGCACAUCACCCAAGCUAUUCUGAGCCAGGAGCAGGCAGAAGGUGUUGGGGCUCGUGUCAGGCGCAGCGUAGGCAGACCUGAGCUGAGAAAUCUGGACCCCUUCUUACUGUUAGAUGAAUUCAAAGGAAAGAAACCAGGUGGCUUUCCAGAUCACCCGCAUCGAGGAUUUGAAACAGUAUCCUACAUGCUGUCAGGCAAGUUUGCCCAUGAAGACUUCGCUGGUCAUUCGGGCAUCAUUGGCCCUGGUGAUCUGCAGUGGAUGACUGCAGGUCGAGGCAUCGUCCACUCUGAAAUGCCAGCCACUGAGGACAUGUGCCAUGGCUUGCAACUAUGGGUCAAUCUAGCCAGUGAAUUCAAGAUGGUGAAGCCAGAGUACCAGGAGUUAUUGAGUAAACAUAUCCCCGAGGUGGAGAAAGAUGGAGUCAAAGUAAGGGUUAUCGCUGGAGAAGCACUCGGCAAGAAGUCCAAGGUUCGUACCAGAACACCUACCUCUUACUUGGAUUUCACGCUUCAGAAGGGGGCUGUCUUAGAUCAACCCAUCCCUCAAGGCUGGACAGCUUUUGUCUAUGUGCUGUCUGGAAAGGCCUUCUUUGGAACUGGUGAGAAGCAAAGACAAGGUGAACCACACCACACACUGGUGCUGAGUGAUGGGGACCAUGUACAUGUUGAGAAUAAGGCUUCAGAAGCCUGUCACUUUGUGCUGAUAUCAGGCCAGCCUAUAGGGGAGCCCAUUGUACAGCAUGGACCCUUUGUCAUGAACACUCAGGAUGAGAUUCUUCAGGCCAUCUCAGAUUACCGCAGUGCGGUCAAUGGCUUUGAGAAAGCUCGCACAUGGCGCUCCAAGAUGGGUAGUACGUUCUAAUCUAUCUGAAAGUUCAAGAUAUGACAAGCCGGAGUACAUCUCCCUGCAUGUGCAAACCAGGUAGAGGUAGGGUUUAUGUUGCUCAGUGUCAUCAUGUUGGUUUGUAUUUAUGACUGUUUAUUGCUUUCUACAAAGUGGCUUUCGUGAUGGAAAGGUUAAUGGUUGGAAAUUGAGCUGGUGUCUUCUGCUUGUAGCAGGUGCCAGUCCAAGCUUAUAUAUGGGCAAAAAGAGGUACAGAAAUGACUGUCUAAAUGGUACGUUAGGAAUGUCUUGCUUGUUGCAUUUGAACUGUUACAUAUUCAAGAAGAUGUAUUCAAAACAUAAGCAAGGUGCUUUCUGGUGUCAAGAAAUAUUGAAUGUUUGAGAUUAGUUGAAGGGAUGUCACUGUUUCAUGCUAAUGCGAGGAGUUUAUGAAAGCAGGAUUCUCAGCUGGUUCCUAUUUUACUACUCAGCAUGGAAAGCCUAGGUUUAGUCUUGAAAUCAAACAGUCAUGAGUUAUACACACAGAAAUACUGGAGUAUGUCAUUGUAAGUUUGUUAAAGAAUCAUAGGCUUAAUAGAUAUAACACGCCACAUUCGUGUACACUGUUAGCCAUGUCUGAACACUCUGAAUGACAAUGAUCACAAUGUUGUAUUGGGUCCGCAAUGUACACAACAUGACAGUACAUGCUUCUCUUGAUACACAAGAAAUGCCUGAAAUAUCACACACAACAAAAGCUUGGCAAGAAUACACGUACAUAGAUAUGGUAUCUAGGAAAGCAGCCACUGAGAGGUACACUGGACAAAAGUAUUAAAAUCCAUCAGAAGAACCACAGGCAUAUGUGGGGACUGCAUGAGGCAAACAAGGGUGGUAGCUCAACUGUACAGAUAACAGUGCUCGCUGGCUAACUGGGCACUCGCUCCUCCUCACACACAUCACACACUGGCAGUCAUCCCUGAAUGCCAAACACAGCCACCAACUUAGCCAAUUAACCAACCCAAUUGAAGAAUACAUAGCCUGAAAUCUAACCGCUUCUUCCCAACUUACAAAUAACACAGUUCAUCUUAUAUCUAAGCUCAACGUUCCAACAACUAUUACUCGAAGGCAUGCACUGUCCAUGCACAAAAACUACAUGCGGCUUCACUGUGCAUACAUGAUACAAUGUAGUCAUGAAACUCUUGCAUUUCAAGACAAUGCUACCUUAUAUUGCCAACAAUUUUCUUUUUUUACUACUACUGACACCUUUCAAAACUAGCACCAAGAUUUCCCAUGAUAAAAUGCAGACAAAGUAUGACAGAAAAUUAGUAGAUGUUAUCCACCAAUUUUAAACAAGUUGUAGUAAAAAUUAUCUCAAAAUUACCAUAAUUUUCAGAAUAUAAGGUGCGGCUUAUAUGUUGAUUUUGCCUGUGAAAAUGGUCGGAGGGGCUUGUAUUGAAGUCUCUUUCUUUUGAAAAUGUGCAGUUUCUUUUUUGUUUAAUUAUUGGGGCAUAAAACGGGACCUAUUUUUCCUAUCUAUUUUCAAUCUUGGGGCAAGAGACAUGGGGCCUCUUCCUACUUAUUUUUCUUUAUUAAGAUAAAAGGGAUCUUUUUCUUUUUUUAUUGGAGGAGAGCACUGAGUUCUAUCUCUUUUAAAGAUGUGGUAGCUCUGAAAAGAGCUGUUGGUUUUGAUUGGACGGAGUAGUUGAUUCACAAGUGGAAUCCUUCGAAGUCGCUCUCUUCGCUGUCGCUGUGGAAAAGUUUGGCCAAGUCCGCUUCCAACUCGACCGAGUCCUCUACGUCAGACUCCCCUGUCUCUUCCCCUGUAAUGAUCUUGGCCUUGAUGAAGCCGUUGAUGAUGGUCUAUGGCUUCACAGCUUUCCAGGCAGCGACGAUCCAGUUGCACACCUCAGCAUGCGUGGCCCGCUGCAUCCGUCCGGUCUUGGUGAACAUGUGUCCAGCCCCUCAGCCAUCCUCUCCUCCCAGGCCUUUCUGAUGUGGAGUUUGAAAACUCGGUUGACUGAAAUGUCAAGCGGCUGUAGUUUCUUCAUGGGGCCACCACGGAUCACUGCUAGUGUUGUAUUGUGCUGAGUGUGAAACAUCUUCUUGACGCUGUCUUCCUUGUGGGCUGUCAUCGAGUCGAGUACGAGUAGAGAAGUCUUGUCGAAGAAGGCAUUGGGGCGGCCACUAUAGCACUGCUGUGCCUACUCGUUCAUGAUGUUAGUGUUCAUCCACCCUUUUUUGUUGCACACCACUGCAACACCUGCAGGCAUCUUCUCUUUGGGGGGCGUGGUCCUCUUGAAGAUGACCGUAGGCUUGAGUUUCUUCCCGGGAUGCAAGGAUGUUGCUAUAAUCUAGCAUGAAGUGGAGAUAUCUCACAAAUUUCUCAGUUUUCAUUUCUUGCAAGAUGCCUUUUGCCUGAGAUGCGUCCUCUGGGGUCACCAUGUCUGCAAUACCACCGGCCAUAUUUUCCAUGUGUAGUGUAGUUUGUCUCCAUAGCUUUCAGGCUCCUUUGCCUGCUUAGGAGCCAUCUUGUGCUCUUCAGAGCACUAAAGUGACAAAGGUUCUCAUGAAUGAUACUGCCAAUUUCCUUCAGCUCAUGUCGCUUUUUUGGGGAGUAGUAGUAUAUCUUAAAUACUGCUUUCAGUAUCUCCUCAAUCUGGCCAAGUACGGAGCAGUCUUCACUGCAUCAAGUACAGCUAACUCAAGUUUAUGUUCAAUGCAGUGCAAAAUGAUGGUAUGGGGAACACGCUCAAGCAAACGCACUGCAUCACCACUUUUUCUCCCCAUGCUUCACUAUCAACAAUCCAAACAGUUUUCAAGGCAUCAUCAAUGGCAUUUAAAACCCCUGCAGCAUCUGCAUGUUUAACAGGUUGACAUGCAGCCAAUUUUGUGAUAGAUUUCCCAUCAUAUAUGAAACGAACAUACACGGCUUCUUGCUCAAUGAUACCGGAGUCGGUGCUCCCAUCAUUGAGACCUGACACAAAUCUGGCAUUUGCAGUGCUCUUUUUUGUCUUGGCCACUUCUGCUUGAGCCACGGCCCUAAUAAAAUCCCUGCAUGUGUGGUCAUUUAUGUACAUGUCUUUUAUUUCAACACCAUUUACUUGCUGCAGGUUGCACAUAUCGGCAAACUUAGCAAUGUAAUAUCCAUCCUGAUGCUGCGGUCAUGUAGUAAUAAUCGAUACCCAAUACUAGGCCUAAACUUACUUGAAGAUCAGCUCAGGAUUUCAACAAUUUCAGGGUUACUCAUUGUCACACCAAAAUCCAGUUAAAUGCGACUAUACCAACAUGGUUCAAAUUAACUUUUGAGAAUGCACGCACAGUACCGCAAAGUGGAAUCAGUAAAAAGCAUUUUGUAACGGGUGCCCAUCAUCCCCUUGAGUUGCAGAGAUCACGCAAUGAAUGAGUUGGAUUACCAGUGAACACGUGUGACUACAUCGCCUCACGUGGUCUGCAAGUUUUCAGCAACUUAAGAGCGUUUUCAAAACGAGUGGAUUCGGCUCAGCCUUCUGUUUCACUGGUUCUAGUCAGAGCUUGAACAUGUGGUUUUGAACGCUGCUUCAAAACGGCUGGAGCCAACAAAAGCGAAGUCGAAGCUAAAUCUACUCGUUUCAAAAAUGCUCACAGUCGUUUCCUACGCGUAGUAUCAGAUCGCCUGUGCAAAUACAUGUACACGUAUGAUCCUCAUAAACUGAAUUACACGUGCGUAACAGAUUUGUACGCGACGUAAUGGGUUUGUCAACUUGCUGCGUGUAGGAUUUGUGGUCGAGUCAAGUCAAAAUUUAUGCAGGCUAUCAAUUUAAAUACACUGAAAUUUUAGUAUAUAAACUAAUUCCCUUUAAAAUAAGACAUGGUUUACAAAAAUAUGCUUGUUACAAUGAUUUUGGUUGAAAAAUGGUUUUACGCUUGUAGUUGUAUGUGUACAGAAUUUUUUGAAGUGAUCCGGAACUGGCUGAACCGAUCCGGAACGAGGGAAAAGUGUUGUCGUCACUUUUGUUGAUCUUGUAAGACACAAUUAAAAGCUUAAAAGUUGAACAUAUUUUACCUGAUGCGUCCGAAUACAGUGAGUAAGAAUACUCUAAAACCUUCUGUAUUGGGGUACCAUUUAGGAAAUUAAUUUGACUUUUCCAGAAAAUCAGUUCUUCAUGGGCUUUAUUGCUUACGAAGACUGGAGCUUCCCAGCUAACUCUGCUGUUAAUGCACCUGAAUAGUUCUCCAGAGCUGAACAACUUUACCUAUUGCAACUUGAGCGGAUAUGAUCUGGCCUGCAAAUUCAGCUAUCUCCUUGACCGGAACCAAGUUAUUUCUUUCCAAGUUUUCCAGCAUUCUCUCUAUCGAAUGGACGAUCUUUUGCGCUCUUCUUUCAAUAAUGUAAACUUUUCCUUCUACUGUGUUCCAAUCUAAUCCUAACCAUGUGAGUUUGGUUUGUGGUUCCCAAGUGCACUUUUCCUCGGCCAACAGAGAACCGAAAUCUUUCAGAUCCCUGUGUACUUACUUCUUGUGCAGUUGCCAGGUCCUUAGCUCCCCCUAAGUCAUCGUCUAAAAAUAUUAUUAUCUUGUGACCUUUUGACCUCCAGCAAGUAAUCACAACUCACGUGAUCUUGGUGAAAAUAUAUGGUCAGAAUCAGCAAAUUUCCAGCAUAUUAAUAUAGGAGAUUUCAUCAAUUAUUUGGAGUCCUGUCUGGAGUGUCUCCCAUCUCAUUUUGUCCCUGGAAAGAUACAUAUGAUUUGUAAAGAACAUCUCUGAGAGUGUAUCUUACCUAAACAGCAAAACCUUCAUCUCCAGUUGACUGUCCAGACCAAAAGAAAUGUCCUACCAUCCAUACAAUUUCUUUGAAAAGUGCAUAUCCAAGCCCGCUAAUUCCACACAGACGACAGAACUUUCCACUUGCCCAUGCCAGAAUUGGCAGUGUCAUUGAUCAAGAACUAAAACUGUGGAUGAAGUACUGUUACAAUCAUGUUCACAUCAUUGAGUCGCCAGGAAUUAAGUCAGCUGACAAUGCAAAGGGGGACAUGUCAUAAGCAGUUUGUCUCAUCUAUAGACCAAUAGGCCCCAACAUACUUUUUUCCCUUGGAUUUGAGGCUCUUUAUUUUGCCAUGAUAUUAACCUGUUCAUUCUCUUCAUACCAGAGAUGUCAAAUGUGACAUGCUCCAACAAAACCCGGACAGAAUUGACAAUUUUUGUUUUUCAGAUUUUGCUGUUUUUCAAAAUCUCCAGGUUUUCAGCUUUAUAAUGAUAUAUCAUUUAAAUAUGUACCCCACUCCAUCACCCCUUGGGGAAGGAUUUAGUAAUAAAGCCCUGACAACCCAGAUAAUGAGAUAAAUAGCUUUGGAGUGUAGGAAUUGUGUGUAACUAGUGUUUAUCUGCUUUUCAAAUUGUGGAAUGGGAAAUAGGGUGUAAGAAGGAAUGAUUUGUUGAGCAAUGGAAAUGGAAGCGAGAGGUCCAUUUUGGCAUGAUAUUUCUGUUCAGUUCCUAUAAAGUAAUAUGGUGGUAAAUAUGUCGCAAGGCCCUUUUGAAGAUUUUUUUCAGAAUGUCAUGAAUGAAAAAUAUGUCCACUUUGUAAAAUUUUGCAAGUUACAUUUCCAGGCAAGGGUUCUGGAAGCGCGCUAUUACUAGGGGUCAGCUUGAGGCUGUACUCCUGUUUUUCGAAUUUCGGACGGGCUGUGCCCAGUCGAAAAUUUGAAAAAAGCACAUUUGUAAAUAUUUAUCGUACACGUUGUCAAAGCCAUAUGAAACAUGCAUGGUGUUCUUUCACUCUACGUUAAUGUGAAAGCAAAACCUGCAUACUUACAUCUGUAAUUGUUCCUUCAAUACUGACAUGGCUUCCCUUAUGGAUUGAAGCUACUAACUGUACUUGGCGCAGUGGAGGAUCAAUCAAUACCUCCGCUCCUCUGAAAAAUUCGUUUGGAACACUCAUAUCUGGGCAUUUGUGUGCCUUGGUUUGUUUGUUGAUCAGAAUUGUAUUUGGGGAUCUCCCUUUCUGAAAAUCCCUCAGCAGAAUAAUGUCACCUUCCUUCAAACCAACAAGCCUGUUGUCAUAGACGAUCGCUUUCAGUACUCCAGUACUAUGCGAAAGAGAUACUUCUAAAGCGUUGUCUGUUCUUUUCAUUUUCACAAUCUUACAUCGAAUACCUCUGCUCUGUGGUUUGUUAGUACUUCCCAGCCUUUUUAUUUUGUGGAUGGACUCCAUGUUGGAACUAGUUUGACUGCGGUAUCUGCAACAACCAACUGUAAUGUUUCGUGACUCUCGUCUCCCACAGCUGGAGCAGGAGCGUGCUAAUGGUAUGACGUCACUGAUCUUGUAUCUUGUUCGUGAUUGCUCAAUCUUAUUUAAGUAGUACCUUGUAAAUAUUUAUGACUACAUCGGUGUAUGCCAUUGGCUGAUUUCAUGGCUUGUCUUUCAACUUUAAAUCCCACCCAGCAAAAUCAUGUGGCCCAUCACAUUGUUAUACUUUUGGGCACAACACAUUUUUUGGCAGACCUCCCAGGUUUUACUGGGAAGCAGCAAAAGACAGUGGUGGAUGGCCAUAAUUACUAUAAUUAAUAAUGGCGUCCCUGGGUGUAGGCUUUGGCCUUUUCCCACUUCAUUUCUCCUAGCAUAUUUUGUGCAAUUGAUGACGGCUGUGAAAUGUAAAGAAUCCAGCUUGUAUUCCGAAGUAUAAAUGGGUAUACCACAUGUACAAACACGUCACGGGUGUGUACACACAAGGGAGAGUUACUUCAAAACAUAUCUUCCCAUUAUUUAAAUAACCUGAAACUUUGCAUAGUUGAAGAUUAUUAUGUGCAACUGACAACCGUGGUGCUGGCAUGGCGGAUGGCAACUCUCUUGGUGGCAAUUUGGGUGGGUCCCGAAGAAGUUGAAAAGCUUUCUCUUUGCCAUCACGUGGACACAGUACCUGGGUGCCGCUGACUGAACCUGCAUUUAUGUGAGGAAACAAAAAGCUGGUUCAUUAUUAAUAUUUCUAGGCCACAACGACUCCAUGAUCUCAGAAGGUUUGAUAAAUUUGCAAGGCCUGACAGCCAUGUUUUGGUGAUUUUUAGUACAUGCAGCUCAAAAAGAACUUAAAGUGUUAACAGCACCUUUGCGUUUAAGGGGCCAUUCAUAAAGCAUGUACGGGAGAGGGGUAACCUUACGUAGACCAUACAUACUGGGGGAGGGGCUUUAAAAUGUCGACAUUUCGUGCAUAUUUAUUCAAGAAAUUUGAAUAACGGUGUUAUUUGGAAAUAAAAGUAACAAGGCUGUUAAUUAGAUACAUGCACUUCAUGUUCUGCAAGGACUUGGUCCCUGGUAGAGCAACAAAAUAUGGCCUCAGGAAUUCUUGCCAGUCGUAUGUUGGAACAAACACUUCUCCUGCCUCUGAGCCGACAAUUCUUGGGAUGUUGACGCCAGAUAUAGAGCUGCUCAAGACACCAUUGUGUGGGCAGCCAUCAUGAAGUUCAGUGUCAAGUUUCUGUUCAGGCCUUGGAUGGUGCGCUUUGCAAAGUACCAUAACACGUACCUGUUCUUGUUCUGUCCGGAACAAGUAUGACAAUGCAGGUGACUAUCUGUUUCACCUGCACCGAAUUUGGCAAAGAAGUCAUGAACGUAAGCUUUAGUUGAGCUUCACGACUAACCCCCAAAAGUCCACACUUUCUUGGACACAGAAAGUACAUUGGUUCCGGCUGAAUGGGAUCAAUAGAAAAGUGCACCUGUUGUGCAUAGUUGAAUGAGUAGUGGUUUGCUUCUUCACGGUUACAAGGGAGGUUGCAUUCCAGCACUACUCCUCCAAAUGAAGCCUUUGCCUCACUGACCAUGCUCCUAGAAAGGUUUUAUUCAGCAGCCACAAGGUGAAGGUGCUCCUCUUGCAUCUGUACUCAAAGUAGCUUGUGUUCUUCCGACAGGUUGGCACUUCUGUAAACCACACUGUUACGUCAUUGGCACUGUCAGCAGAGGUCACUCAUUGGUCUCGUCAAUAUGAAUGGGGUGUAUUGCUUCCAGAGUUUCCCAAAUGUUGAAUGUUUAGUGAUCUGACCUUGAGGAAGGCCUGUUAAAUGAAUACAUCAUGAGCAUUUGUAAAAAAAAAAGUGAAUAAAACAUUUCUAAACAAAAAGACAGGGACAAUCAACUGGUAAUGUAUUUCUCUUUUACUUAGCCUGAACUGAAAUAUAAUCUAAUCUAAUCUCCGUACAGACCAUAUACAGUAGAGGAAUUUGUGUAGAUCUUGUACAGUACUGGCUCCCAGAAUCUCAAUUUUUACUCUUUCUUUAAAUUUGUAUUAAUAAUUUAAACAAAAUAAUACCAAAUAAGCUACUUCAUUGGAUGGGUUUUGGGAAAGGAUUCAGCUAAAUAACAUUUUUGUGUACAUGUACCUGCAAUACUCUUGUUGUGCAAAGACCUUCUGUAAAGUGCAUUUCACCACCCCGUCUACACCACUGACAUUACAAUGAAUAUUCAUUAUAAAGUUGCCACCAAAGCAGCUGAUCAGCUGCUUGCAACAGCUGAGGAUUCCUUGUUGACACCGAAUUGCUAAUGGCAUUUUGUGCAUUAAAUAUACAUACAUGCAGCCAAUAAUAUCUGCAUAGUAUGAAGCUAACACUGUGUGUAGGCUGUUUUUUAUGUUGGCGGGUAUGAAAUUUUAGCAACGAAAAGUCAGCAACAACUAUCUCAGACUCAAAGCAUCAUGAGCAUGGUUGAGAAACACAUGCUCAGUGCUCAGAGUCAGACAUGUCAGACCAUGCGUUUCCAAAAAGCUUUUUAGGCCUACAAGUAAACGUAAAUGUUCCUUCCAACUUAAGAGUGUGUUUCAUUAUUAGUCAUUAAGUUACAGACCUUGCUUUAUAGCAGAGAAAUUAUCCAAAAAGUGAAGUGAUUUCUUGGCAAAUUUUGCAUGGUCUUCAUGUUCAAAGUAAUUCACAUUCAGUGUUACAAUUUACAGACAUUUAGAGCAUAGGUUGGUUUACAUACAUAAAAUAAAAUACAUUGCACAGUGUUUGCAAUGAACCAAGUUCUGAACCUAUUACAGUAGAUUUUGAUUUAUAAGUUUCUUACGGGUUUCAAUGAAGGCUGGAUCCUCAUGCAAACAAUUUCUGUCUGAGUGGCAACAGAAGUGCAGCCCACACACUGUACAAGAAACAUACGUCUUCAGUUCAAUACGCUUUGCCUCAUUCUGUUUUGAUUUCCAGUCGCAAGAAGUACAGUUCUCAGCUUCUACCCAUGUUAGUAGGUACGCAUGGCCUGUUUUUGGCCAGUACUGAGAUGGAUUUGCUGGUAUUUCAUCAGCUGCUUUGAACAUGUCAAUUAUCUGUACUACUAGCUUCUCCUUCAACUCAAGCUGACCAUAGAGCUUGUUCGUAUGCAUCUGUCCUGGAUUAUAGUCUCUCCAUUUUUGUGUACUGUAUGAAACAGUUUACAGUAACAACAUCUAUCAGGUGAAAGAAGAACGUCAACCACCACCAACUGACCUUGCAGAGAACCCUGUACUUGUUAACUGGUCUGACAAAUGGACCCUGCACAAAGUUUGGUUGUACUCUUUUACGACAUCUGGACGGGCCACGGACAUGUGGCCAAUGUAUUAGUUUUGUUAUCUGUUACCUGUCAUUGCACCGUUUUAUGUGAUUGUGCAUUGUGAAUGUUACUCAUAAGUGUUACUACUUUCUUGUCUUUCUAUUGUAAAAUCAAAAGAUUAUCUUCAUCUCUGUACCAGCGAACUUCACCACACUUUACACGUUUAAAUUUGUUGUCUGUCUAUUUCAGUUCCUUCGAAUAACCUUUACGAUUUCCAACUGUGGUUCGACAAGUAGACUUUUUUGCACUUUCAAGUCUUUGAAUAAUUGUGGUGAUGUGUAAAAAUUAUCCACGUACAGAUGACAGCCUUGGUCCAGCAAUGGCUCUAUCAACUUGAACACACACCGUAACCUAGAGGUUGACUCCUAGCCGAUGGCACCCAUGUACAAGUCAAAAUUGUACAUGUAUGUGUAACCCGAUUGAUCUACAAGGACCCAAAACUUGUACCCCCACUCUGUUGGCUUGUCAAGCAUACAGUGUAUUGUCUGAUUCCUGAGCAUCCUUUCAAUGCAAUCAUUCACUCAUCCCCACUGACUGACUGAUGAGGUUGCAGCAGAUUUCUUUAUACUUGAUUUAUGUGAUCAGAGAGAUCAGCUAACUUUCUUAGUUUACCAUAUUCUUUAUUUUCUUUGGCCUGGUCAAAUAUGCAACAUUGCCAAUAUGGCAUGGAAUAUUCUGAAGCUCAUAAUGGAUGUUGCUGGAUUUAUUUUCAACUGUUUAGAAUCUCUCCAAUAAUAUCUGAGUGUAGACAACUUGUAGAUCCCCAUGUAUAUCAGAGUCCAAUGAAAAUGGACAUCUCUUUAGGAGACACGUCCUUCCACCAUUAACAAAUUACUUGCUGUUUCAGCACUGUGUCCUUUUAGUCAUUUCCAAACAGCUUAAUACAACGUGAAUGACUAAAUACAUUCAUUUCACUGCAAGUAGUGCAGAAUUUCUUAGUACAAGAGGAUUGUCCUGAUUAACUUCACAGGUCAUACAUCUGUAAAUCUAGUGACAAGCAUACUAUUUUCUUGCCUCUACGUUUUGUCUUAUAGUAACUCUAACUCUUGCAAUGUCUCCAGCAAAAUGCUGAUUGUGUGGGUUGGUUUAGACCCUGAAUACAUGCAUAGCAAUGCUACCUGUCUGCAGUCUUUAAGACGUCCAGAAAUUGUCAGCCCUCUUCAAUAAACCUUUAACAUAAUGACUUCAUGGUUUGGUUACUUAUGUGCUUCCCUAUGGCAGUGAGGUGUGACACAAUCCGUCAAGUCCCCUUGAGAAGUGCACAUGAAAGCAAAGCAUUACAUCAUUAUGUUGGAGGUCUAUCCCUCAAACUGUUUCUUCUGCUGCGUCCGCUUUUUAUGCAGUUGGGAGACUAAUGGUUCUAUAUUCUUAACUAGGUUGGUAAAAUUCAUUCAAGUGAUGAAACACCAAUGGCAUAACUGGGACAUGUACUGUUUGCCUCGUCUAAACCUUCAAUGAUACACCUUUGUCUCAUUUGACAGCUGUUCUGGUGUUAAAAGAAAGACCGAGGUAUUGCUUUUCCCCCUUUGGGACAUUUAUCAGAGAUAUGUUGACAGUUUUAUCAUAUCUAAUAGAUUGGUGGCUGUUCAAAAUGGUUUCAUUUUUCUCAAAAAAUAAACUCCAAUCAAUUCAUCCAUGCAUGGACGGUGGUGAAAUUGACUAAUUUAGGACUAGGGAAUGGAACACCAGGGGCAUAUCUUUCUGGGAUACUCAAUGAUACUGUCAAAAAUACUACCUGGAAGGUGGUCCAACAAUCACAGAUAGCAGCUUAGAAUUUCCCUAGGUGCUUCUUAUGACACAGUUUAGUCAUCAUUUUCAGCAGUUGUAAGUCAUCACCUGUUGCAGUGUGAUGUAUUUUUCCAUGUUAAAUUUCAAUCAGGGUCUGCAGCAGGGAAAAUCUCAUGAAUCCUAUCAUCUGUCUCCUUUUGAGAGUCCAAAAUCUACGCCGCUCAUCCCCGUUUCAUACCCGCUGCUAUUGUGUAUGUGACUAUCGUCAAGUGGAUGAGCUUUUACUCUGCCUGAGCCCACCCAGUGAAUCCCUCAAAUAAUGGUUCUUAUUCAGCUGAGUUUUUUCUCAGUUUAUCAUUGAUGGCUCAUCAACCAGACUUGACAUACCCUGCUCCUUUUCCCGAUUAAUGGGAACCUCUUCUUUGGAUUGUAAUUGAAUUGUACCUAACUGCACAAUCAGUGCAGUAGUAACCUCUUCGCUGUUUGCCAGAUAAGCGCCCGAUCAUUCUCCACACAAGAGAAACUGGGUCCACCUCUUCUGCUGUUUAUCUCAAUUUACGUAAACCUCCUCCUGAGAUUAAGGAAGUGCUUUGUUUUGAUUGGCUUUCAUGUUAAAUAACUGAGGGAAGCAGCCCUCAGCUAACUCCUCCUGUCCAAAAGCAUGAGGCAACUUAGUAGCCAUUGAACGUAACGUCUUGCAACACUUUCCUUAUUGUACAGAUUAUUGUACAGAUUAUGGAGGACAAAGUAGGAAUUUUAUGCUUUGAACUUGUUCCAGAGAAUGAUCUGUUAAGCGAUCUCUGUGGCUGUGUACAUGUACAUUAAUUCUAAUAGGUGUUGAGACUUGGAGUAUAUUCAUGUUUUCCACAAGGCAUAAUGUAAUUGAUGUAUACAGUUUUUUUGUUGUAUCCUCUUUGCUGCUUUCCUACAAAAAGCUUGGAACAAAGUUGGUGACUGCCCAGGGUCAAAAACAUCACUGUCCUUCGUUUUUUUUUCAAAAUAGAUUUUGGAAUUUGCUAGUACAUUAGCAAUCACAGUAAUCCAAAGGUCUUGCUGAAAGUUGUAUUAGAUACAACAAGCGGAUUUUGAAAAUUUGCCAUCAGCUCUGUUUGAAAUUCCAGAGUUUGAGACACUUGAUGCCUAUCAACGGGGAGGCCGGGUGAUGCAUUUUUCCAGUCUUUGUCAAUUAGUAUCUCAUGAGCCUCAUCAGUCGCAAUAUUGGAGGAUGCGUGCCCUUUAAUACUGGAAACUAAUGCUCCUCUUUCAAAGUGCUCAAAUACUGGCUUAGGAAGUCCAUACAUCUGACUGAGAUGCAGAGGGAUCAAGCGAGAGUAAUUCUGUUUAUCAAAAGCAGGAAAAGAGGACCCAUGUUUUGAAGAGCAGCCAGUCGGCCAUUCUGAUUACCAUUAUGAAUUGCAAGAAACAUUGGCAUAUAUGAAAAACAAUCCUUUCUCAGAAAAUUAUUCCCAGAUCUGAAUGUUUUUAAUUUCUUACGCAUUUUAACAAAAGAUAAACUAACUGUGGCCAUAUGGACACUGCAAAAACAUUUCCAGCACUAUCUUCUACAUCGCGGAAAUAUGACAACUCCAUCUCCAAAUAUCUUCAAGAACUUGUUUUGACUCUAUGAAUUUCAUCAUUUGUAAGUGACAAACAAGCACUAGUAGGCAAGACAUUUGUACAUGCAUAUUCAAGGAAUGCUUGAACUGAUAAGGGUAUCAUACACUAAGAAAAAAAUCUGGGCCAUUUUGAAAC